CACGUUUCUCGAUAGCUUCCUUCACAAUCUCAAACGCCACUUUUUUCAAAUUUCAAAAAUCUCAACAGAGAUGUGUCCUUCCGGUAGAAUCCUAACUCCGAUAACAACAACCACCGCCACCGCCGCCGCGAAAUCAGAUUUCCGACCAGCUUUCGAAAUCAUCGACGCAGAUCGCGACGGUAAAAUCAGCAGCGACGAUCUCCGAGCAUUUUACGCCGGAAUCCCAAAAUCCUCCGGCGAAAACCACGACGAGACGAUGAUCGGUACGAUGAUAUCAGUAGCGGACUCGAACAAAGACGGGUUCGUGGAGUUCGACGAGUUCGAGAAAGUUCUCGAAACGGCGCCGUUGAGUGGUGGUUGUGGUGGUGGUGAGGGGUUGAUGAAAGAUGUGUUUACGGUGAUGGAUAAAGACGGAGAUGGGAGGUUGAGUUACGGAGAUCUGAAGAGUUAUAUGGAUUCGGCUGGUUUAGUUGUUACCGACGACGAAAUCGAAUCUAUGAUUCGGUUAGCCGGUGGUGAUUUAAACGGCGGCGUUUCGUUCGAUGGUUUGCUUAAGAUUUUUGGGUGUUGAUUAAAAUUAAAAUUAACAAAACAAAAGUUUGUUUUUU